AGACAUAGAUGCAAUGUUGCCCUAUUCUGCAGCAGGAUACCAAAUCUAUGUGCAUUAUUUCUUAUUUCCUUUAAGAGCUGACAUCUGGAAUGUGAUUGAUUCCAUAUUCAUUAUGCUUUCUGUUUUAGCCAUUGGAUUCCACAUUUUUCGUACCAUUGAAGUCAACAGGUUAAUGGGACAGCUGCUAAGAAAUCCCAACAUCUACGCAGACUUUGAAUUUCUGGCUUUUUGGCAAACCCAGUACAACAACAUGAAUGCUGUGAACUUGUUCUUUGCCUGGAUCAAGAUAUUCAAAUAUAUUAGCUUUAACAAAACAAUGACCCAGCUGUCUUCCACUCUUGCCCGAUGUGCCAAGGACAUUCUGGGUUUUGCCAUCAUGUUCUUCAUUGUCUUUUUUGCCUAUGCGCAACUGGGCUAUCUCCUUUUUGGAACCCAAGUGGAAAACUUCAGCACCUUUGUUAAAUGCAUCUUCACACAAUUUCGCAUCAUUCUUGGUGAUUUUGACUAUAAUGCUAUUGACAAUGCCAACAGAAUCUUGGGGCCCAUAUAUUUUGUCACUUACGUCUUCUUCGUCUUCUUUGUGCUAUUGAACAUGUUUCUGGCUAUUAUAAAUGACACCUACUCUGAAGUAAAAGAGGAACUUUCAAACCAGAAGAAUGAACUGCAGCUAUCGGACAUCCUGAAGCAGGGCUAUAACCGGACACUGAUGAAGCUGAAGCUGAAAAAAGACCGAAUCUCUGAUGUACAGAAAGCUUUGCAGAAAGGAACCAAAGAGCUGGAAUAUGAAGACUUUAAGAACAGUUUGAGAGAGCUGGGUCAUGCGGAACAUGAAAUCACAGCAGCCUUUGCAAAAUUUGAUAAAGAUGGUAACCAGAUCCUUGACGAGGAAGAGCAGAAGAGAAUGCGGAAUGAUCUAGAGGAGAACAAAGUUGCUCUGAAUGAAGAAAUUGAAAAUUUGGGGAAAUCCUUCAGGGACAACACUUUAGACAAUACUCUUGGUUUUGCAGAGGCAAAGAAUAAUCAAGCAAACAAAACCAGCCGAAUUUCUGAGGAAGAAUUCCAAAUCCCUGCUCACCCGCCGCCCAACACCCUUCAGCCUCCACGCAUCCUCUUCCUGGCUGCAGAGAUUGCCACAGACAAUGGCUUGCGUUUUUGGGCUCUGCACCUCGCGUUUUCAGCCUCCAAAUAUUCCAUUUGA